GAGAUAGGUCUUGCCCUAAGCCCGAUGCCUGAGAGUGCCGCGUGUGUCUAUAUUCUGAACGCGCUGGAGGGACCUGCUAGACGGCGAGUUCUGAUGUUCCCUCAUGACAUGAUAAACACGCCGGAAAAGAUUUUGGAUGUGUUGAGAGAGGCAUACGGCGAGCGGAGAGAUGUUAUAGACAUUAUCGCCAGUUUUUAUAACCGCCGACAGCAGAGUGAGGAGUCGGUCAUCGAAUAUGCUGCAACACUGAGAAAUUUACAGGCGAAAGCAAAUCGCCUGAUGAGCGACGCCAUCUCCAGUACACACCUGGCGACACGCUUUGUGAAAGGACUUAAACACAGCCAGGUCCGACGUGAGACAUCCAGACAGCUGGCCGACCAUGGGUCUUCUUUUGCCGGCCCGACGUGUAGAGACAGAGGAGAUGUGUAAUGACAGGGAGGAUGCGAUACAUCGUCUGACUGCACGAAUAACACAGUUGGAGAUGGAGGCGGCCUCCCGGCUUCACACGACACAACAAAGUGAUUUCCCCUCCGAGGCUGAUCGUCAUCACAAACAUAAAUAUUUGCGACGACAGCAGACAAGGCAGCGGGGCAGCCAGCGGUCAGAACCUCCCCAUGACAGCGAUGGUGGAGGGGGCAGAAGGCGAGGUUUUUGCAGGUGGUUCAACGUGGCAAAGGGAUGGGGGUUCAUCACACCUGAUAAUGGCGGUCAAGACGUCUUUGUCCACCAUUCAGUUAUUCACAAGGCAGGCUUUCGCAGCCUAGGUAAAGGUCAAUUGGUGGAAUUUGAACCCAGACUGUCAUACAAGGGCGUUGAAGCCACGUUCGUCUGUGGUAUCGGAGGAGUGAAAUGCCGAGGCAGUGAUCGCCGGCCGAUUUCAAGAGAAAAGUUUCAAGACAAGCCGGUGCAACUACAACAGCGACAACCACAACGACGGCAGAGCCAAGCAGAACUGCAACAGGACAGAUUCCAUGGGCGGAGCGGCAGGAGUACCUGUAAUAUCACCAGACGGCCCGUGAAUGACAGUGCUGUGUACACAGUCAGGCCCCUUGUUGACGGCCCUGCACGUGCCCGCAGUAACGACAUCAAAGCAGCGAAGCCGUCUCCGCAGUUAGAGGACAGUCAACUGUCGGAGACAAAGAAUUGUCAGGAAUACGACAGUGACGAAGAAACUCCGUUUUGGUAUACUACUGUCCCACCCCGUCAAGCCAGAACUACAGUGAUACCAGAAUUGACAGUACCUGUGGUUCCAGAAUUGACAGUACCUGUGGUUCCAGAAGUGACAGUGCCUGUGGUUGCAGAAGUGACAGUGCCUGUGGUUCCAGAAGUGACAGUGCCUGUGGUUCCAGAAAUGAAAGUGUGUGUGAUGCCAGAUAUGACAGUGCCUGUGGUGCCCGAUAUGACAGUAACUGUGGUUCCAGAAGUGACAGUGCCUGCAGAGCACAGCAAAUUGCAGCGGCUUCCAGUGAGACAGGCAUAAACUCAGAUGCAUAGAAAAGUGGUGUGUGUGACACUAUUCCAUGACAAUAUAAAUACCAUGGACAUGUUUUGUAGUUGCGGUGAUCGUUGACACCCUGGAUGACACUUUAGUUGUUUAUUAUGAUGACUAGUUGUUUAUUUUGCUAUUUUUGUUCAAUUUGUUUCCACUUUUACACGGCUGCGUCUAAGAAAUAUCAUUACAUACGAGACAGAUGGACGGAAUGCCUGCCCUUAUAUACACCUCGUGCCCAUGCAGCAGUUAUUUUGGGAAAAGAGUAAUCAGUCGGUCAGAUUCAGCUGUUAGGCGUAGUACAGAUAUUUUGUUUACAAGGCAAAUCUUUACUCCACUAGGUAAAUAAUACCAGCGGCUGAUAUGA